AUGGAUACAGAAUUAGUCCAUAAUUUUCUUGCGCGAGACGAAGCCGAACCUGCUCCGCCCUGUACCACAGGAAAUGAAUAUGAUGGCCGGAUGGGGCUGCGUAUUUCGUCUAUAUUUGUGAUAUUGGUUGGUUCGAUAUUCGGUGCGGUCUUCCCCGUUGUUGCAGCACAAUUUGGAGGUUCAAGAAUACCAUCCUGGGUUUUUUUUAUCGCUAAAUACUUCGGAUCUGGUGUUAUUAUUGCUACCGCCUUUAUUCACCUCCUUGGUCCAGCUGAGGAGGCUUUAAGAAACCCCUGCUUGACUGGUCCGAUCACAGAAUAUGGCUGGGUUGAAGGCAUAAUUCUUAUGACUAUUAUCGUCAUGUUCUUUGUGGAGCUGAUGGUCAUGCGAUACGUACGGUUUGGCCAAGACGAUCAGCUCGACGUUGAGAAUCACAGGCAUUCACACUUUGUUGACGAUGAGGAUGCCGCUACUGAUGACAGGAAUCGAGUGGUGCCGAACUAUGAUACUGAAAUGUCCGAAAAAAUGGAUGUGUACAUGGCUCAGCUGACUUCUAUCUUCGUCUUGGAAUUCGGUAUCGUCUUUCACUCUGUGUUUAUCGGUUUGACUCUCGCCGUAUCUGGAGAGGAGUUCACGGUCCUCUACAUCGUCAUCGUCUUCCACCAGACUUUUGAAGGACUGGGUUUGGGUUCCCGCCUUGCUACCCUUCCUUGGCCGCAGUCAAAACACCUGACACCGUAUAUUCUGGGGGUCAUUUAUGGGGUUUCCACUCCUAUUGCUAUUGCCAUUGGCUUAGGUGUGCGUAAAACUUAUCCACCAGAAGGUCGAACAACGCUGAUCGUCAAUGGUGUUUUCGACUCGAUAUCUGGAGGAAUCCUUAUCUACGUCAGUCUUGUCGAGCUUAUCGCGCACGAGUUCAUGUUCACCUCUUCUAUGCGGAGAGCUCCUAUUCAAACGGUUCUGGCAGCACUUCUUUUGCUUGCCAGCGGUGCGGCGCUCAUGGCGUUGCUUGGAAAGUGGGCAUAG